UUUCAGACUCUCGCUGGAUAGAGCGAGAGCCACAGAUAGCGCGCCCGAUUCUCAGCCUUACUUACCGAAAAGCUUUUCUGUCCAACCGCCACCUCCCUUUCCCACUAACGUAUUCUCUAUACCCCCGGAAACCCUGGACAUUUUUCCUCCCUCCUUAUAGUUUUCUCUUCGGCUUUCAUUCAGUCGCAAUCUGAACAACUGGUUUACGCACUGCUGCUGAUUUGGAUUGGUCUGACACACGAGGGGCCGUGGAUGAGCUGCUUUCGCCAAAACYGGAGAUGGAAGUGCUGAUCAUAUGUAUUUCGUUGUGGAUAUUGCAAUGCAAUUCAGUGGCCAGCGCGGACUCUAUCAUUCACAUCGGAGCCAUAUUCGAGGAGAACGCAGUGAGGGAUGACGAGGUUUUCCAGCUGGCGAUCUCAGACCUCAGUCUCAACGACGACAUUUUGCAGAGCGAGAAAAUCACACAUUCCAUAAAACUUGUCGAGGUUAACAACCCCUUCCAGGCGGUCCAGGAAGCCUGCGAGUUGAUGACCCAGGGCAUCCUGGCUCUGGUCACCUCUACCGGCUGUGCCUCGGCCAGCGCCCUCCAAUCCCUGACUGACGCAAUGCACAUCCCACACGUGUAUGUCCAGCGCAGUGGCGAGGGCUCGCCACGCACCACCUGCCAGCUCAAUCCCAGCCCCGACGGCCAACGCUACACCCUGGCGGCGCGCCCGCCCGUCCGUCUCAACGACGUCAUGCUCACCCUAGUUGGCGAGCUGCGCUGGCAGAAGUUCAUCGUCUUCUAUGACAACGAGUAUGAUAUCCGUGGCCUACAGGGUUUCCUGGACCAGACGUCUCGGCAGGGGCUGGACGUAUCUCUACAGAGAGUGGACAGGAACAUCAGUAAGGUCUUCUCGAACCUCUUCAACACCAUGAGGACAGAAGAGCUCAACCGCUACAGGGACACACUGAGACGGGCCAUCCUACUGCUCAGCCCCCGAGGAGCACAGGUCUUCAUCCAACAGGCUGUUGAAACCAACCUGGCUUCCAAGGACAGUCACUGGGUAUUUGUCAAUGAGGAGAUCAGUGACACUGAGAUCAUGGAGCUGGCCCACAGUGCAUUGGGGCGGAUGACAGUGAUUCGUCAGAUCUUCCCGCUGUGGAGGGACAGCAGCGUGCGCUGCAUGAGGAACAACCACCGCAUCUCCUCCUUACUCUGUGACCCCCAGGAAGGAUACUUACAGUCACUUGAGGUGUCCAACCUGUACCUGUAUGAUAGCGUGCUGGCACUGGCCAACGCCUUCCAGAGGAAGUUGGUGGACAGGAAGUGGCACAGCAUGGCCAGUCUGAACUGCAUCAAGAAGUCCACCAAGCCUUGGAAUGGAGGCUGGUCCAUGCUGGAGAACAUCCAGAUGGGACAUAUCACAGGCCUCACAGGAACGAUGGAUUUCAAAGCGAACGGAUCCAAUUCUCACGUCCAGUUUGAAAUACUGGGCACCAGCUUCAGUGAGACGUUUGGAAAAGACGUGAAAAGGCUGGCUACAUGGGACUCAGUCCAUGGUCUAAAUGGAAGCCUGAAAGAGAGUCGCAUUGAGAACGGCAUGCAAGGAGUAACGGUCAAAGUAGUAACACUACUGGAGGAUCCAUUUGUCAUGGUGGCUGAAAACAUCCUUGGUCAGCCUAAGCGGUACAAAGGAUUCUCCGUCGAUGUGCUCGACGCCUUGGCCAAGAUCCUGGGCUUCAAGUACGAGAUCUACCAGGUGGCGGACAGCAAGUAUGGCUCGCAGCUGCCCAACGGCUCCUGGAAUGGAAUGAUCGGCGAGCUCAUAAACAAGAGAGCUGACCUGGCCGUGUCUGCCAUUACUAUCACUCCGGAGCGGGAAAGCGUGGUGGACUUCAGCAAGCGCUACAUGGACUACUCUGUGGGGAUCCUGCUGAGGAAACCAGAGGAGAAGAUCAACAUCUUCUCACUGUUCGCUCCRUUUGACCUGGCCGUGUGGGGGUGUAUUGCUGCAGCCAUCCCCGUGGUUGGAGUUCUCAUAUUCCUGCUAAGCAGGAUGCAGUCACUGAAGCCCCAGAAUCCUCCAGUGCCACACCAGCAGCCCACCAACCAGGCGUCCAACUCCCUGCACAGUGCUAUCUGGAUAGUCUAUGGAGCGUUUGUACAGCAAGGAGGGGACAGCGUGGUGAGCUCUGUGGCCCUGAGGAUCGUCAUGGGCAGCUGGUGGCUCUUCACCCUCAUCGUAUGUUCCUCCUACACGGCCAACCUGGCAGCCUACCUCACCGUCUCCCGCAUGGACACCACCGUACGGACAUUCCAGGACCUGUCCAGGCAGAUGGACGUGUCCUACGGCACCGUGAGAGACUCGGCCGUCUACGACUACUUCAAGAACAAGGGCACCAACCCUCUGGAGCAGGACAGCACAUUCGCAGAGCUGUGGAGGACCAUCAGCAAGAACAACGGCCAUGACUACUCUGUGUCCAGUCCCUCAGAGGGCAUCCGCAAGGCGAAGAAGGGCCCGUAUGCCUUCCUGUGGGACAUGGCUGUGGUGGAGUACGCCGCGCUGACGGACGAUGACUGCACCAUCACCGUCACAGGAAACAGCAUGAGCAGCAAAGGCUACGGCAUCGCCAUGCAGCAUGGGAGUCCCUACAGAGACCUCUUCUCCCAGAAGAUCCUGGAGCUGCAGGAGAAAGGAGACCUGGACAUCCUGAAGCAGAAGUGGUGGCCUCGUAUGGGCCGCUGCGACCUCAACAGCCAUUCCAAYGCCACGCCCGACGGGCGGUCCCUGAAACUACACAGCUUCGCCGGGGUUUUCUGCGUCCUGGCUGCAGGACUGCUGCUGGCCUGCCUGGUUGCUGGCCUGGAGAUGUGGUGGAACAGCAACCGCUGCGGGCAAGAGCAGCCCAAAGAGGUUACUAAGGAUUACAGACUGGCAAGGGUUUCUGGUCCAUUGACAUAUAAUGAGAUUACCACUGCUUCAUCGGAAGGGAGGAAGGACAUUUGGACAGAGAGAGAAAGAGACUGGGAUGAAGCAGAAGCUAUUGACACAGGACAAGGAGGUGAAUCUGGAACAGGUGCAUCGGCGUAUGAACAGUCUUAUGGACGAGGACAUGGCGCACAAGCAGAUCCCCGGCCCGUCUAUCGAGAUCUCUGCGCUGGACAUCGGCAGCAUGCAGCCCAGCCAGCAGCUGGAGUCUGUGCGGGACUACCCGGGCACGGGCCUGUCUGUGAGCGCCUAUCUCCCAGGGGAGGGUCAUGGGGGGGGCCUGGGUCGGACACUAGCUCAGGGCCCUGGCAGCACCCUCCCCCACCACCCCCUCAGCAGCUCCACCAUCCCCUCCAUUCAGUGCAAACACAGAGCUCCCAACGGGGGGCUGUUCCGACAGAGUCCCGCCAAGACGCCCAUGCCAAUGUCAUAUCAGGGAGUUCCCGGAGGACCCAUCCCAGAAGCCAUUGAGUCCACCCACAGUACAUCCAUCUAAUGGUGCCAUCUCAAUGUCACAUGUCCUUCCCCUCACCUGAUAUUCUAGGGGAUUGUUGAAAAAUAUAUGAAGAAAAAAAAUAUGAAAAGUCUACAAACGAGAAAAAUAAGAGAUUUUUAUUACCUGUUGAACAACCGACAUCAAAGGAAAAGCAAAUUUUUUUUGUAUAUAUUUGUAAAUACUGAGAGAACGAAGUGAAGUUAAAGUGUAUUUUGAAUAUUCUCAAUUUUUCAAGUUGAGUUAUAAAAAAACUAAAUAAGAUAAACAAAAAAAAAUGUAAAAAAAAUGACUGUUUGAAUGGCUUUGUAAAUUUUGUUCUAUAUGAAUAAUGACGCAAAUUCAUUGUGAUUGUUUUCUAAGUGCCGAAAAAAAUGUCUCUCCACAGUUCAUUCUUAGAUUACCAUUCACCAUAGGACAUAAUGUUGAACUCCAACUGUUAUGCACCUCUUUAACAACCUUAUACUUCAGUAUCAGAUAAGAAUAUUCCAAAUAGAUGGAAUCAUUUUGUUUGUAAGACAUAUAUACAUUUUUCAAGUUUUUUUUUUCUAACUUAAAGUCUUGGUGAAUCAUUGUUUAAGGCUGAAACUGAAGUUAACAUUGUUUCUCAUGAGUUCUACAGAUUUAUGAAAUGGAUGGUAUUUUAUUGAGCUCAAUUUCAGCCCUAUGUUGUCAAAGACAAGAGGGAGAUACAGUCUCAGUCAGCCCCCAACAGCAAAGAAAGGCAGUCCUAGUGGUACUAGUGCCGUGUACAGCAUAACAUCAGCCACAUUAAGGGAUUGUUCAAAAGGAACCUUUAACGGACAUAAAUCAUGAUUGAAUCAUGCCCCUUCCAGUGUAUGCUACAUGUUUCCUUGAUUGAGUGGGAGGGAUGUUUAAAACAAAACGUUUAUUUUUACAUUUAACAAAAAAGGCUCAUUUUAGUAAAAAAUAUAUGUAUUCAUUUCGUACUUAAGGAUUUAUUGUUGAAAAGCUGUAUACAGGUUCUCCUUUCAGAGCAGUGAAGUCAUUUGAACUGCAGAGGGAGAAAAGUAGAUAUAGAAUAUCUCAUAUUUAUCAUUUGUAAUAGAGCAAUUAUCACCAAGGGAGAUGGAAGAUAAAAGAGUGAUAUCAAAAUUAGGAACUAUUAGUUUUGGUAACAGCAGUUCAGGUGGCAUAUCCUAAUGUCUAAAUUCUGAUGGAGCUCUGUUCAUAAAACAAACAGAAUUUCCCCCAUCAAUUAACCUGGGCACUUUGCAGAGCAGCAGUUUAUGUCACAUUUCCAACUGAAGAUGAACUGCAAAACUUUACCAAGACUUUCAUAAGUGCAAUUAAAAUGCAAUUAUGUCCUGCAGUAUACUUUUUGUUUCUGUUUAUUUCCUUUAGCCUGUCAUUCUGGGAAACUCAUUGCUAGGAAGUGAGAUAGUGAAUGUCAAUCUCAGUGGUUAUAUUGUGUUGUCGUUCGUCACAUCCUAUAUGCACAAUACAACGUGUACCAGGAGUACUGAUAGGUGAUCUAUGCUCAUACUGUUAAAAAGGUUUUCAUUUACUGGAUUGUCCGUACCUCUUGGAAAAUGUAACCAAUUUCCCUGCAGAGCCAUUGAGGGAAAGCAAAGAACGAUAAUUAAGUGAUGUCAUGAGAAUAAACAGAACUACCAUACCUCAAAGUGAGAGAAUCAUGUUUCGCAUCACCCGUUCUCCGCUCAUGCUUCUCAAACAAAAUUGGCGAGGUUGUACGCCUGUAUAUUUUGUACAAGUACAAGUACUUACUAAUGUGAACCAAAGUGAUCUCAUUUUACACUGUGUUCUGCAUACAACCUGUGCCAAUGAUCCGCUAACAGUGGUGAAAGGCAAGUUCCACAUUACUGUAAGGGUUGAGAGUGUUUCACUGCCUUACUGUGUACCCCCCGUUACUGUAUCAAUGCCCACACCACAAGAUUCAAGAAAAAAUUAUUUAAAAAAAAGCUAUCAUAUCAUCCAGUCUGUAACAGUACAUCUACGGAGACUCAUUUAAUUUAUGAAUAUGCUGCUUGGAGUUUCUUAAUCUUUAAUAAAGAAAUUUGGUUUACA